AUGGAAAGAGAUCAGAAGUUUAAAGUUAUUAAAAAGCUAUUUGAUCUUACCUCAGAUGCACAAAUAGCUGUUGAAAGCUAUCAGAUCCUCUUUAUCGAUUACCUUAAAGUAAUUGAAGAAAUUAAGAUUAGAGCGUCUGAUAUUUUUAAUGAGAAUAAAAUUCACAAAGAAGAUUCAAUUAAAUAUAUCAAAAAUCUUUUAAACAACGAUUUUUAUUCUAAAAUAACAGAAAUUGAAAUUCAAAAGGCUUUCAAGAAAUUUUUGAAUUUUAAAGAAGAAAAACCAAAACAAACUUGGUGUGAAAUAUGUGAAGAUGACAAUUACGAAUCUUGUAGUCACAAAUGCAAAGAAAUAAAUUUUCUAGAAGUAGUCGGAUUUUUUCAAUUUUCAAAAAAAUAUUGUGAUCAUGAUCAUUAUUUUAUAGUUAGUGAUUUCAUUCAAAAUAAAUGGGUUUUGAGAAUAUUAGAAGGACAUCAAAUCUUACCAUGUAUCAUGGUGUGA